AUGGGUCACGGAUCCAAGAAGACAAACAAGGUGCCACGCAAAAAGAAGGUGACUUUUGGCAUCGAUGAUGGUAACCCAUGGAAGGGCCCUUACCUGCAUCAAGAGUACCAGCAGUUAUACUACUAUCGACUGGGUGCAGAUGGUGAGACAGAGUUCGAUUGGAUCGUUGAAUCAGAGGACCAGCAGCUAGAUUCAGCCAUCCCAAGAGACGAGUCUCUCGACGUGGCGGGAAGCUUUGACAACCUCGACAUCAAUGACAUUCCUGGUAACGAUGGUGAUGCCGUGGACUCUGCCGAUGCGAGUUCCUUGCCCGGUUUCACACUAUCCACAACGCAAGCAAAUAAGUCUCAAACACACGCACAAGGGCUAGAUAGCACCGACGACUAUAUUGAGCUUGGGCAGACCCACUAUGGUGACAAUAAGGUAGUGUCGGGAUCAUACAGGAGAGAAAAGGAGCUAGCGCAUCCCGAAAGCUGGGAGACUUUCCAGAACCCUGGCUUGAACGUGAACGUUGCGUUUCCAUUAGACCCAAAAGGUAAAGGGGUUGCCGGCUGGGAUGAUGAUGAUGAUGUCGAAGGAAGCGAGUCUCAGUCUAACAUGGUACCAAUAGCUGAGGACCCAUAUCUUCAGCUCUACCAGAACGAUGAUGAUUACUCGGAAGAUAUCCAAGACCAUGACCUACAGUAUGGCAUGGACCAAAGUCGGCAAGAAAGCCGCCACCCUCGUCGCCAUGGAGAGCCCUCGAGUUCUAACAGUAAUACUCGCAAUGCGGCUGGUUCUGGCCGGCUGGCUUACCGAAAAGAAAAAUCUUACAAAUUCCAACCUGGAGAGGUUUUCAAGUGCGAAUGGGCUGAGCCGCUUGGUGACAUGGGCCCAGUGACCGAAAUACAAAGUAAAGACCCAAGGGAUGGUUUUUACAUCGGCCCCCGACGAUGGAUCAUCAUCGCGACAGACCACGGCAACAGUUCUUGCGUUCCAAUUUUAACGUACGAACGAAGAGCAUGCACAAAGCCGGGCAUACGUCCUGAGUCGCACGGUAUCGCUCACAGCUCCACAGACUACCCUCAGUUAAUCUCAGGGGAACAAUCGCUUGGCUUUGAGCCCGUGUCAAUCCUUAUGACGAACAAUGAAAAGUUGUCCAUUGAAUCUCGAGUCAAUUACUCCAAGCUUCAGACAAUAGAACACAACGCACGGGUCAAAUUCAUCGGUUCUGUCGCGAGUGAAUCUUUGCGGGUCGUACAGGACGCGGUCGAUGAAUGUUGGAGGAGGAAACAGAUGACCCCAUCGCAGAAACGCCACACAUCAAAGGAUAAACGCAAGGAUAAAUACCGCAAGAGAUAAUGGUCCACUCUCGAACGCAAACGGGACAUUGACCGUAACGUUCGUCCGCGCCACGUUGGACAAUCGCGGGCUUGCCAUCAAGGCUACCGAUCAGAAUUACGUUAAACGGGGACGCUGUGCAGCUGGAUCAAUGUCAGCACAGUGUCCGCACAACAGUCUAUUUUUGGGGAGGAGUUAAUUGCUCGUUCCCCGGGGGGCUUACAUAGGGACUUUUAAGCCGCUUUCGGAUGAGGGUUGCUAGGUCUUUACCUUCAGGAACAAGAUUGACAUGAUAGGCGAAGGACACAUUGGGCUCGAGGUGGUGGUAUGAAGCCUCAAUGUCUCCUAUAUUAGGUAUACGCCGCUGCUGCUGAUUGCGGCUUCGGGGGCUUUUCGGCACACCUUCGUUAUGGAUGUUGAUUGCGGCAC